CAGGACAACCUUCAUAUGCUAUAUAAAUAUCAUGCAAGCAGGGGGUUCUUUUUUCCACCCAAGUUUAAAAAAGAAACUUCAUUCAAAUAUAUCAGUCACUUGCAAAAAUGGCAUCUCAUGAUCAGAGCUUCAGAGCUGGUGAGGCCACAGGCCGAGCUGAGGAGAAGGGUAACAGAGCUACUGAUACGGUGAAGGAGAGGGCAAGAGAAGCCAGGGACAAGACCUAUGAAACAGGCCAACACGCAAAAGAGAACACAGCAGAGAAGGCUCAUGAGACAAGAGAGAAAGCGUCAGAAACAGCAGAAGCAGCUAAGGACAAAACCUAUGAAGGGAAAGAGAAGACAAAGGGAGUGGUCCAGCAAACUGGGGACAAAGUGAAAAACAUGGCUCAAAAAACUGCUGAUACAGUGAAGAGUGCUUUUGGUAUGGCUCAUAACGGUGAAGAUAAGGACAAGGCUGGUCAUGAGCAGACUACUACAUAUAGGGAAACCAAGUAUUAGCUUAGCUUAAUUAGCUAGCAUCAUAGAUGUUAGUUUGAUAGGUAUCCCCUUUAUUAUCUUCUUGUUGUGUCUUCUCUUAAUUUGGUCGUUACUUAGUUUUUUCGAGUCCUGUGGUGCUUGUCGCCGGCUUUCUGAGGUGUUGACAUUGACAGGUUAUGGUUAGCAUCUUGUUAAAGAAGGCCCAAAAAUAAAUAGGUCUCUAGUGUCUCGGGCAGUUUGUUAUAAAUUGCUGCCGUUGUUAUUCUACGUUAUUUUAAUAUUUGCCAAAAAGAAGACUAUUCCAUGAAAUGUAAUAAUGUUUUCUUUAGCUUGAUAUAUACACGCUUAUACAUGGGUUUGGUAAAA